AUGUCCGGUAUCUUGAUGGCAUACAAAAUCCAGAAACAUUUAAAGUCAUACAUAGAUUUUCAAAUUCUCGAGAAAUCUCCUGAGCUUGGAGGCACUUGGUACGAAAACAGGUAUCCAGGUUGCGCAUGCGACGUUCCCAGUCACUGCUAUCAGUUCUCUUUUGCUCCAAACCCGGACUGGUCAAGAUUUUACGCUUCCUCCAAGGAGAUUCAAGCGUACAUGGUGCGAGUCGCAAGACACUUCGACCUAGAGAGACACAUCAAGUAUAACAGUAAAGUGGUCUUGGCAAGAUGGUCUGACUCAUCUAGUACUUGGACUGUUAAGACUGAAGAUGGUUCUACAUUUGAGUCUGAGCUGCUGGUGAACGCUGGUGGAAUUCUGAACCAUCCUCAAUAUCCGAAUGUGGCGGGACUCGACAAUUUUGCUGGCCCUUUGCUGCACACGGCCGAUUGGGAUGACAGAAUUAAUCUCGAACAGAAAACAAUCGGUGUAAUUGGGGCUGGGGCGAGUGCCGUUCAGCUUCUUCCCAAACUCCAACCCUUGGCCAAAAAGAUCUACAUGUAUAUCCGGACACCUUCCUAUAUCGCUCCUGCUGUCGCUGUUCCGGACCCGACCCGUCCGGACCAGGUGUAUUACAGUGAAGAAAAGGAAGAAUAUAGAAACAACCGCGAGCACUAUCUUGCCGAGCGCAAGAACUUGGAAAGCCAGUUUAAUGGUAUGUUUCGGGCCUUUUUCAAAGGAACACAACAGCAAGCCGACCUUCGAAGCAAGUUUGAGAACCGAAUGAAGGAGUUGAUCAAAGAUGAAAGCCUGCAGAAGAAACUUAUACCAAGUUUUGAGGCAGGAUGCAGACGUAUUAACCCCGGAGAACAGUAUCUCGUCUCGCUGCAACAAGCUAAUGUGGAACCCAUCUUUGAUGGAAUCACGAGUGUUACAUCCAACGGGAUUAUUUCCAACGGCACAGAGCAUGCUGUCGAUGUCCUCGUGGCAGCCACAGGUUUCAAUACAACCUUCAAGCCACGUUUCCCGAUCUUCGGCCAAAGGGGAACCAACUUGCAGGAUCUAUGGGCUGACGAGCCAAGCUCCUAUCUGGGAACUGGAGUAUCGGGAUUUCCGAAUUACUUCACCUUCCUGGGCCCCAACACCCCUAUCUCGAACGGGAGCGCGCUAGGUCCCAUUGAAGCAACGGGCGACUACUUCAUCAGACUGUUUUCAAAGAUGAUCCGACAGCGAGUUCGAUGUGUUGAUAUUCGGCCCGAAGCUCAAAAUGACUUCGAUAAGCAUACCCAGGCACUGAUGAAAGAUACAGUGUGGACGGGAACUUGCCGCAGUUGGUUCAAAAAAGGUACGAACGGCAAAGUCACAGCUAUUUGGCCUGGAAGCUCGCUUCAUUAUAUGCAGUGCCUAGCCGAAGAUCGAUGGGAAGACUAUUACUGGCAGUACGAUACUGAGAGGUACGCGUACUGGGGACAGGGGAUCUCAUGGAUUGAGAAUCUUGAGCUGGACCCGCUGGGGCUCAAAAUCCAAGAGUAUCAUUCAAACAUGACGACAAUCCCAGACCGGGAUUCCGACUUGAGCUUUUACCUUCACAAAGAUGCGCCUAUACCUCUGGAAGCUGCAAGCACUACCAACAAUGCUGUUCCUGAAAGUGCGAGCCCCGUUAUUGUAGGGGAGAAGAUCAGCUCGGAUUCAGUUUUGCAGGAGGGAAGCGUCGGCUCGGACAGCGGCGUGGGCAUAUCUAAUGAUGGCGAGUUGCACCAUAAAGCGUCUAUUAAGGAUUGGGAUGCAACAAUUAACAAGUUGGGGGACGAUCCUAUUGUUGUUCCUGUUUGA